AUGCCGUCUCAGGCACCGUCGUCCAAGGAGGCUCCCCCCAAGGCUGCCCCGCGCGGGCGAGGCAAGAAGAAGGGCAACCAGCUGCAAAAACCAUGGCUUUAUGACUUGGUUCUAUGGGCACUCUCAGUCCUGAUAGAUCUCUUCUUUCGGGAAGUCCAUCCCAGAGGAGCAUGGAAAGUCCCAAAAACAGGACCGGUCAUCCUUGUGGCAGCACCACAUGCUAAUCAGUUUGUCGACUCUCUGAUUCUGAUGCGGAUUCUCAAACACGAGGCCAAGAGAAGGAUUUCAUAUUUGAUUGCUGAAAAAUCAACGAAACGCAAAUUCAUUGGGACUCUCUCAGCAGCGAUAGGGGCCAUCCCUGUUGGCCGGGCUCUCGACAAAGUCAAACCAGCAAAGGGCAAGAUAUUCCUCCCCGACCAAGAUAACGAUCCUACCUUAAUUCAAGGUGUUGGCACCGAUUUUACGAAUGGCGAUUUUGAGGUUGGCGGGUUGAUAGUCCUCCCAAAAGUGAGAGGUCAGACCCCCAGCACGGAAAUCGCAGAGAUCAUCUCCCCGACCGAACUUCGUCUCAAAAAGCCCUUUAAGUCGCCAGAGGCUCUGGAGUCCUUGACCGGCAAUGGCACCGUUGGUGGGGAUACUACAAAUGAACAGAUUGAAUCCCGCGGCUGCUCAUUCAAAGUUGCUCCGUAUGUGGAUCAAACCAAGGUCUACAAUGCAGUAUUCGACGAGCUCGACGCUGGUGGCUGUAUUGGCAUCUUCCCGGAAGGCGGCAGUCAUGACCGGCCCGACCUCCUACCUCUGAAAGCAGGCGUGGCGAUCAUGGCCCUGGGUGCCGAAGCCCAACAUCCUGGAUGUGGUGUCAAGAUCAUCCCAAUCGGUAUGAACUAUUUUCACGCCCACAAAUUCCGAUCGAGGGCUGUCAUUGAGUUUGGACAUCCUAUCGAGGUUCAUCCCGACCAAGUCGAAGCAUAUAAGGCAGGCGACCGGAGAAACGCGGUCGGCUCACUACUGGAAACAGUGUUCCAGGGUUUAGUGGCUGUAACACAAUCGAGUCCGGAUUAUGACACCCUGAUGCUUGUGCAAGCGGCUCGCCGACUUUACAAUCCGCUAGGGAAGAAACUCCCUCUGCCGUUGGUGGUGGAGUUGAACCGGCGACUAGUGAAAGGGUACACGACAUACAAGGAUGACCCGCGUGUUGUCCAACUGAAAAAAGACGUCCUUGAAUACAAUCGUCAACUUCGCGCCCUUGGUCUCCGAGAUCAUCAAGUGGAAUGGGGUAACCCCGCCAAACAUCCGUGGUGGCACAUUCUUGGAACGUUGAUCUAUCGACUCGGAGAGCUUUUCUUCCUAGGCAUUGGCACUCUUCCCGGGCUGGCCAUGUUUUGGCCUGUCUUUGUUACCACCAAAGUCAUAUCGUAUAAAAAAUCCAGAGAAGCUCUUGCGGCAUCGACAGUGAAACUGCAGGGUCGAGAUGUUAUCACCACAUGGAAACUGCUCGUGGCAAUGGCAUUUGCUCCCGCACUGUACGCCUACUAUACCAUUAUUGUUUCCCUAUGGCUGGUUUACAAUCGGCGCGAUGGAUACUAUACCCACAGGGUCCCGUGGUGGAUGGUGGCCCGCACAUAUGUGCCCGACUUUGUUCCCAUCUGGCUUUUUGCUGUUGUUUUUCUGAUUUUGUGUAUCCUCAUCACCUUUGCUGCUCUGAGGAUAGGAGAAAUAGGCAUGGAUGUUGUCAAGUCGUUACCGCCACUCUUUGUGGCGCUCAAUCCACGCUCCUCUAGCCGAUUUGCGAAGCUGCAACGGCGCCGCCAGGCCUUGUCCGAGAAGGUAACCAAGGUGAUCAAUGAAUUGGGACCCGAGGUUUUCCCCGACUUUGAUGCUGCGCGGAUUGUGCCAGAUGCAUACAGAGAAGGAGCGUACCAAUCUAGGUACAAAAAGAUGCCCGAGGAGCCGAGAAUCGAAACAACCGAGCCUACGACACCCACUUCUGGUGCUUUCGAAGAUCGUACCGGCGAGUCACCUGGUUCGAGGUCGAUGUUACCCUUUGGGUUUCUGCCCUCGAACGAAGCCUUCCACAACAUUGGCGGAUUUGGCUUCUUUGCGUCGCGGCCUACGACACCCAAGAGCCGCAGCAGGAGCAGUUCUGCCGGUGGAGCACUUACCUCGGCCACCAGCUUAAAAUUGACCACGUUGGACCAUGAUGAAGUCAGUAAGCGCAUCCGUGGGGCCAUGCGGGAAAGAGGAAGGAAGCGUGAAAGCGAAGGAGCAGAAACCGGGACGGAAAGCAGCUGGGACAUGGCUGAUGAUGAACGAAUGACUCCGACAACAGAAGAUGAGGAACCUAAGAAGGACCGGUGA